AGCGCGGCCGAGCUCAUGUCUGUCCUCUUCUUCCACACCAUGCGCUACAAAGCAGAUGAUCCUCGCAACCAGUGCAACGACCGCUUUGUUCUCUCCAAGGGUCAUGCUGCACCUGUCCUGUAUGCUGCCUGGGCGGAGGCAGGUUUUGUGAAGGAGUCUGAUCUGGUUAACCUGCGUAAGAUUGACUCUGACUUGGAGGGACACCCCACACCAAAACUGGAUUUUGUUGAUGUAGCUACUGGAUCUCUGGGACAGGGUCUUGGGGCUGCGUGUGGAAUGGCCUAUACUGGCAAACACUUUGACAAAUCCAGUUACCGUGUAUACUGCAUGCUGGGUGACGGAGAGUGCUCAGAGGGCUCAGUUUGGGAGGCCAUGGCCUUUGCUUCCUACUACCAGCUGGACAACCUGGUGGCUAUCCUAGAUAUUAAUCGGCUCGGUCAGAGUGAGCCAGCACCCCUGAAACAUGACAUGGAGGCCUACCGCAAACGUUGUGAAGCCUUUGGUUGGAACACUUACGUUGUGGAUGGACAUGAUGUGGAGGAGCUAUGCAAAGCUUUCUGGCAGGCUCAGCAGGUCAAAGGUAAACCUACCUGCAUGUUCGCCAAGACAUUCAAGGGCAAAGGCCUCAAAGGUAUUGAGGAUUUGGAGAACUGGCAUGGAAAGCCAAUUCCCAGAAAGGUGAUUGAAAUCCUGAGUGAUCUUCCGUCACAGAUCCAGGUGCCCAACAGAUCUUUGUCCCCUAAGCUCCCCAAUGAUGAUACAGCACCGGCUGACCUUAGCCCCAUCUCACUGCCGUCACCUCAGAAUACAAGAAGGAGACAAGGUACCUUCAGAAUGGCAACAAGGCAGGCAUAUGGUGUGGCGCUUAAAAAACUGGGCCAGGCAAGCCAGAGAGUGGUGGCCCUCGAUGGAGACAAAAACUCAACCUUCUCAGAGACCUUCAAGAAGGCCUUCCCUGAACGCUACAUUGAGUGUUUCAUUGCUGAACAGAACAUGGUAGGAGUGGCCAUUGGCUGUGCCACCCGUGACCGCACAGUUGCAUUUGCCAGCACGUUUGCAGCAUUUUUCAGUAGAGCCUAUGACCAGAUCCGGAUGGGAGCCAUCUCCCAGUCGAAUGUCAACUUGGUAGGGUCUCACUGCGGAGUCUCCAUUGGUGAGGAUGGACCAUCCCAGAUGGCCCUUGAGGACUUGGCCAUGUUCCGUGCCAUCCCAACUUGUACUGUGUUUUAUCCCAGUGACGCAGUAUCCACAGAGAGAGCUGUUGAACUUUCAUCCAACACAAAGGGUAUAUGUUUUAUCCGUACAAGUAGACCAGCCACUGCAGUCCUUUAUUCCCCAGAUGAGAAGUUUCAAGUGGGUGAAGCCAAGGUGGUGCGUCAGUCUAACAAUGAUCAGGUGACUGUGAUUGGAGCUGGUGUUACUCUGCACGAGGCUCUCACUGCUGCUGAUAAGCUGGCCGCUCAAGGAAAAAACAUCCGUGUGAUUGACCCAUUCACCAUCAAGCCCCUGGAUGCUGCUACCAUUCUGGCCAGCCGAGCAACAAGGGGACAGAUUAUCACUGUGGAGGACCACUACAAGGAGGGUGGUCUUGGUGAUGCAGUGCUAUCAGCAGUUGGAAGUGAGCCUGGUAUUGUUGUGACCCGUCUGGGAGUGACUGGGGUUCCUCGCAGUGGAAAGCCUCAAGAGCUUCUGGACAUCUUUGGCAUCAGUGCUGACCACAUUAUCAAAGCUGUGACUCAGAACCUUCGCAAACUAAGAACUGCACUUCAUCCUCCCCUCUUUGUUUUGUUUUGUUUUUUAAAUCACAACAAACCUGCAGCUAUCCGGCACAAUCACAGGAACACCUAACUUCUGUUCCAGCUUGAGUUGCAAUGUGCUAACCCUGUAUUACUGUCGCAGAUGAAGGGAGAUGAGUGCAGUGUGGUCAGAGCCUGUAGUGCUAACAAUACUCCCCCGUGUGCACCUUCUAGUACCCUCACCUCCACAUAGGUUCUGCUGUUUACUGUUUUCAGAGUCUUGCAAGAUGCAAAAAUGAAAGCAUCACUGAAUACUGUACUUUACGUGUUAUGCUGACUGAUAUAAAAGCCUGUCAUACAGCAGUGUGUCCUGGUUGUGAUGCACAGGAAACUCAGGCUACAAUGUCUGUGGCAACAAACAUCAAUACUUUGACAUUCCUGGCAACCAUUCCUCAUGUCCUCUCUCUUUGCUCGUAGUCAUACCUAUUUUUAUAAGAAGCACUGUUACUUUUUGUCAUAAAUGUCAUUUCCUAGAUUACUUUUGUAAUUGUGUUCAGUAACUGCCUUUAGUGCUUGGCUAUUCAGUUUUUAAGCAUUCCACUAAUGAUUCCUGACCACACAAGCAUCACACAACAUUACUAGCAUUCAAGCUUACUGAGUCCUGCUAUUACUGCUGUGAUGUGUUGAAAUAAAAAAUAUUCACCCAUCCA